CUCCUCCAGCCAGCCUCAGCGCUAAACUGCACCUUCCCCACCACCUCCAGUGCUUCUAUCUUCAAAGGAGGAGAAAAGCCUGUUUCAAUGAUGUCAACAGAAUGUGUUCAGCCACUUGAUAUGCCAGACGACAGACUGGAUAAGCGAGAUUCACAGUGUAACCAUUUAGAAGAUCUUUCAGAGCAGCUGAUUAAGAGCUGCGACCUCAAAAAAAACCCAAGAAAAGGUAAAACCAUCCCAGCUUCCCAAAACACCGAACAGGAGCAAAAAAAGCCAAGGAGAAAAGAUACACCAGCUUUGCACACUCCACCACCUCUAACAGGCGUACCUUCAGACUUCUCUGAUAAUCUGCUGAAAAGAUAUGGUAUCACAGAGAAGCCACAGAGAGAGAGAGUGAGUCCAGUCUCUCAGGUCACUGAACUGGAGAAGAAAAAGCCCAGGAGAAAAGAUACACCUGCAGUACACAUCCCACCUUUGAUAAUAGGCACUAAGCUGUUUACAGAAGAAGAACAAACAGUGAUUAUGGAAGACGAAGAAAAGGAGGGAGACACAAUCCACAGUUAAAUUACGAUGAUAUUUCCAGUAAUGCAGUGUAAAUAAUUCUGGGUCAUUCGAAGUGGCAGCACACAGAAAUAGAAGUUCUUUCAUUUUUAUAAAU